GAUGCAGGUCAUUCUACAGCAGAUUACCCCUGAAGUAGCUGCGUAGAAGCCGCUCGUGGGGAUCCACAUAUGGUGACAUACCUUAAGGUAGGUAUCCAUCUUAAAAGUCCUCCCGAUCCCGGCGAUCCGUCGCGGUCCGAAGAUUCGGGGGCUUAUUCCUAGACAAGCAUUUUCACCCUACCAGAACCUCAAGAAUUCCGCCAUUGCUAUACGAAGGCAAACUGUGACUGGUCCUUCCUACUUUCCGCUCACUACUGCUGGUUACAUCUGGAUGAUCUGAGCCGCUGAGUGCGUAAUCGGGCAGCAGGCGGCAUGGGCUCCAUGUUCGACACCAACCCAAAUCUCAUCCAGGAGGCUCCAAGACAUACAUACUGGCCGUUCGCGGUCAAGGAAGCGACGCCACUCGUUCUCAUCCAUGAUGGUGGCGGCACAGUCUAUUCGUACCAUCUCCUGGGCGAGCUGGGUCGCCAAGUCUACGGCAUUUUCAACCCAAACUACGAGUCGGGCAAGAGAUGGGAGGGCGGAAUUCCGGAAAUGGCACGGCACUAUCUUGGACUCAUCAAGGCGGUGAUUCCAAGUGGCAAAAUCAUCAUCGGAGGCUGGUCGCUGGGUGGAUUGCUCUCCCUCGAAGUGGCGCACCUUAUAGCCGUCGACCCCCAAAACACGCUAGAUUUGCUGGGGAUCGUGAUGAUCGACUCGGUCUGCCCGAUAGUCUCAACCCCUCCUUCGGUGCCCAUCGUCCCGCGCACCAUACAGUGGAGCAAGCACACCAAACAGGAGACGCGGGAGCGGGUUUUGCGAUGUUUUGACAGGGCCAGAGAGAUGCUCAUGCAGUGGAAGUUGCCUGAGUGGGCAGAGGCGCAACCUACCGGCGAACAACAAGAGCAGGGUGACGGCGGGCACGAAAAAAAUACACCUCCCCUCGAGCCCAAGACAGCUUCGACAAAUCAUACAAAUGCACGACCCCCCAAGGUGAUAUUGCUCCGAGCAAUGGAAGCCGUGCCGGCGGAAGGGGGAAUCGCCAUGGUAGAUACGCACCGAGACGACCGACUUCUCGGAUGGGGCCAGUACCGAGAAGACUUGAUAACGACGGUGAUGGACAUCCCAGGACAUCACUACAACAUCUUCGAGAUGGAAAGUACUGAAGCGGUGACCGAGGCAAUCAGACAGGCGUGCCUCAAGCUUGAAGCAGGAAGAAAGGAUCAGAUCUGGUGAUCAGUCACCACUGAGGGGCCCGGGGGUACCUUGGCUGGAGAAUCUCUGCGUUGAUUCGAUUUGAAUUCGAGCCAGUUUUCUGGGAUCGCAUGGCGGGUUGGAGGUAAAGGGAAUGACGAAAACGGUUACAUCUAUAGAUACUAAACGCUUUGAUCCAACCGAAGUACGCUUCAACAGGU